CUAUAAAAGGUGCCUCCGGCGCUCUAGGCUACUGCUCGCUGUGCCCGCCGUCCAGCUCUCUGCCAGACAGUCCCAACGCCUGUCCCGCCAUGGGUCGACAGAAGGAGCUGGUGAACCGCUGCGGGGAGAUGCUCCACAUCCGCUACCGGCUGCUUCGUCAGGCCCUGGCAGAGUGCCUGGGGACCCUCAUCUUAGUGAUGUUUGGCUGUGGAUCUGUGGCACAGGUGGUGCUCAGCCGGGGCACCCAUGGUGGUUUCCUCACCAUCAACCUGGCCUUUGGCUUUGCUGUUACCUUGGGCAUCCUCGUGGCUGGCCAGGUCUCUGGGGCCCACCUCAACCCAGCUGUGACCUUUGCCAUGUGUUUCCUGGCGCGUGAGCCCUGGAUCAAGCUGCCUGUCUACACCCUGGCUCAGACACUGGGAGCCUUCUUGGGUGCUGGGAUAGUUUUUGGGCUUUACUAUGAUGCAAUCUGGAACUUUGCCAACAAUGAGCUUAUCGUUUCGGGCCCCAAUGGCACAGCUGGCAUCUUUGCAACCUAUCCCUCUGGACACUUGGACAUGGUCAAUGGCUUCUUUGACCAGUUCAUAGGCACAGCUUCCCUCAUCGUGUGUGUCCUGGCCAUUGUUGACCCAUACAACAACCCUGUUCCCCGUGGCCUGGAGGCCUUCACUGUGGGCCUUGUGGUCCUGGUCAUUGGCACUUCCAUGGGCUUCAACUCUGGCUACGCUGUCAAUCCUGCCCGGGACUUUGGUCCCCGCCUUUUCACUGCACUCGCUGGCUGGGGUUCAGAAGUCUUCACGACCGGCCGGCACUGGUGGUGGGUGCCUAUCGUCUCCCCACUCCUGGGCUCCAUUGCGGGUGUCUUUGUGUACCAGCUCAUGAUUGGUUGCCACCUGGAGCAGCCCCCACCCUCCACCGAGCAAGAGAACGUGAAGUUGGCCCAUGUGAAACACAAGGAGCAGAUCUGAGCUAGCAGUGGCCACCUCCUCUCCCUCCACUACCCCUUCCCUUGCGCAUUUGGUGACUAUGUAGGGGCCACUCCCUAGAAGCCCCCUCAUGAUCCACCUCACAGGCUGAGAUGCUCCCUAUCUCACUACCCUGCUGGAUGGCUCGCUCCAGGAUUUCCACUGGACCCUGCCCAGUAGGACCUUAGGUCACCACCCUUAAGUCUGGGUAGGAAGGGAGUAGGGCCAGACGUGGUUUUGUCUCUCAAAGGGAGAGAAAAGGCAGCAGUUAUUUGUGUGUGUGUGUGUGUGUGUGUGUGUGUG